UAAAAAGGAAAAAAGAGGAAAAACAACAGUAAAAAUGAAGGAAAGUUGGCUACAUUAGUGAAAUAUGUGCUCAUUAUUUGGAGCAUGCGCAGUAGACGGUCGUGUGGUGAACCAUGUGAUUAGUCACGUGACCCGGAAAGGUUGCAAACAAAACAACUAGGGAAGCAGGGAUCAUGUUUAGUUGCUUUCCCAGCCUCUGCAGACAGGUUUGAUUUGAUUUGAUUUUUUAUUUAGAUGUCAUAAUAUCAACGUAUCGUAAAGUUCAGCACAGGACUACACGAGUUCCGUGUCGGCUGGCCUCGCUGCAGCCAUGAUAUCCGUGUUUCUCCUCUUCCUCGUCGCCCGUGUGUCGGCUCGCUACACGGCGGACUGGACGAGCCUGGACGCCAGGCCGCUCCCCUCGUGGUUCGACGAGGCCAAGGUGGGGAUUUUCGUCCACUGGGGGGUGUUCUCUGUCCCCGGCUUUGGCAGCGAGUGGUUCUGGUGGCACUGGCAGGGCCAGCAGCCGCCGGACCCGAAGUGCGUGGCGUACAUGGCCGAGAAUUACCCGCCUGGAUUCAGCUACCCGGAGUUCGUCAACGGGUUUCACGCUCAGUUCUUCAACCCGGAGGAGUGGGCGGACAUCUUCAAAGCCUCUGGAGCAAAAUAUGUGGUCCUGACUGCCAAACAUCACGAAGGAUUCACCAACUGGGAGUCUCCAAACUCCUGGAACUGGAAUUCGGUGGAUGCUGGUCCUAAGAGGGACCUAGUGGGAGACCUGGGAGAGGCAGUCCGAAACAGGUCGCUGCACUAUGGACUCUACAACUCUUUGUACGAGUGGUUUCAUCCUCUUUAUUUGGAUGACAAGAAGAAUGGAUUUAAAACUCAGGAGUUUGUGAAGCUUAAACUACUUCCAGAGCUGUAUAACAUGGUUGUAAGGUACCGACCUGAGGUGAUCUGGUCUGAUGGAGACUGGGAAGCACCAGACACCUACUGGAACUCCACAGAGUUCCUGGCGUGGCUCUACAAUGAUAGUCCUGUUAAAGAUACUGUUGUGACCAAUGACCGAUGGGGAGCUGGGUGUGCUUGUAAACAUGGCGGCUACUAUAACUGCGAGGAUAAGUAUACUCCAGGCCAGCUGCCCAGUCACAAAUGGGAGAAAUGCACGUCUGUGGACACCUUGUCCUGGGGUUAUCGUCGAAACAUGAGGCUUCAGGAACUUAUGGACUUGCCCGCAAUUAUCAAGGAUCUGGUCAGCACCGUGGCCCUCGGAGGAAACUAUCUCCUCAACGUUGGCCCCACAGCCGACGGGACCAUCCCCACUGUGUUCGAGGAGAGGCUCAGGGGUGUUGGAGCCUGGCUGGAAAUCAACGGCGAAGCAAUCUUUGCCUCCAAACCCUGGAGGGUUCAGAUGGAAAAUGCCACUGUUCCCGUUUGGUAUACCUCUAAAGGUGAUACGAUCUAUGCUGUUAUGACUGCCAAACCACCGGGCACCAUACUGCAGCUGCAGACUCCCAAAACAUCAGCAUCCACAAAGGUGAUCCUGUUGGGCAGUCAGUCACCCUUACCUUGGUCUCCACUCUACCCCAACGGGGGCCUCACUGUGCUUUUGCCUGAGCUGCCCCGUCUUCCUGGUCAUGUUUGGACACUUAAACUAGAAUCUGUGCAUUAAGGUUCAAACAUAAGUUUAUAACUAACUGAAUGAAAAUCAGUUUUAAACUCAGGUUUUUUAAACACAGGAUAAUGAUUUGAUUUGAUUUAUUUAACAGGAAAAGAUUAUUAAAAAUCAAGCCCGACUCAGCAUAAUUGCUGUUUUACAGCAG